AUGGAUGAAAAUACGAAAAAUCAAAGUGAACAAAGUGCUAUAUCAAAUCUCCGUCAAAGAUCAUUAUUAUUUUGGUUGGAUUUGAUUCAGAAAAAACCAAAUACAACGGUGACACUUUACGAAAAGACUGUGAUUCAAGGAAAGUUUGAGGCUGUCGAUGCAUUGGAAACUAAAUUUCGAUUCGAUAAAUGGGGAUCACCUGUUGGAAUUUAUGACCACGUUGUUAUCCGUGGAACGGAUAUUCAAGUAUUAGAAGUGGAUUUUAACAACGAUAAAA